CUCGAACACCGUUGCUUGCAGGGGAAGAAGGCCCCUAGGGCGUGGGUCGUCAUGCAGAACUUUACAGCCGAGGCCUCCUCGGUCAUCCAGGCGGUGACCGGGAGCAGAGUGGUGUUGGACCCGUCUAUGACCCGGGGAAAGCGGCUGUGGAUGCGGGCGCUGGAAGCGGUGAGGCGGAAUCGGAAGAAGGACGGGUGGGCGGCGACGUUGUUCUCGGAGCAGUUCAAGGCGUUGCGAGAUCGGGCGAGGAGCAAGCGGUUGGCAGAGCUAGAAGCACAGAGUGCGACGGCGAAGAAGCGGAUUCCUCGUCGGGACGCAUUAGAUGCGCUGGUUGAUGUUCUUGAGACUGAGUUGACCAAGCAGCGCCGCCAUCGAGUCGAUCUGCCAGCGCACGGGCAGGGCAGCGAGGCUGACGGUGGGACUGCCGGCGGCGGCGGCGGGGGUGCAGACGACACGCCUUCGUUUGAUCGGUAUUCGGGCGAGCGGCUGCGAGGCCGUGGAGACGGGCGUGGGCGCGGGAGCGGGCGCGGGCGCGGGCGCGGACGUGGGCGCGGGAGCGGCCGGCGGCAUGGAGGCGCGCACACAAGGCUGCUGAGCUCUAAGCGCGGGAAAAGACAGAGCGGUGACGAGAUGUUGGAACCCGGAGAGCGGCGUAAGCGCAAUAUGCAGCGGCGAGUUGCAUCGAUUGCGUCGGUUGACCCGAUGGCGGCGGCUCGAGCGGCGUCGAAGCGGGCGCGCAAGCGGCUGGCUGAAGCCGCCCGUGCGCGGGAAGAAGCUGAGAGUCGGGAGAAGCAGGUGAAGAACUCGAUCUCGGCUGCGGCUCGUUUUGCCGAAGCCCGCGCUGAGCAGGCUGCAGAGCGGGCGGCUACGACGGUGGAGGCGGAGACGGUGGAGGCGGAGACGGUGGAGGCGAAGACGCCUGCGGCCGGCGGGGCUGUGCGGUCGCGGGCAACCGAACGGCGCGGCUCGCUCUUUGCGCUCACACCAGUGGUCAGCAACAUUCACCAUGAUCCGCAGAUGGGACGAUCGAUCUCUCUCCGGCCAAAGUGGAGCGACGGCGAGAGCAGCGAGUCGACGCCCAUGCAGUCAGUCAAGGCGCGAAAGGGGGCACUGACCCGGUUGGCAGCUUCGGCGGUCUCGCGGCGGGCGACGCCGCAGUCGUCGUCGCUGGUUGUCAACCAGCGGACGGUGAUGAGUCGGCGCGGGCCAAGCGCAAGCACCAGCAGCCCAGGCGGGCGGCAGGUGAAGAAAGGCGGCGCAAGCGCAAGCGGGUCGCGGGCAGGUGGGCAAGCUGGCACGCCGCCGCGGUCGGGGCCGCGGCUGCGGCGCGGAUCGCGGUCGACCAAAGUCGUGCCGGCUAGCUCGUCGCUGAGCAAGAGCCCCGGGUCUCCGUCCAUGCGCGGCAGCGGCAAGCAGCUGCUAGCGUUCAAGCAGCGGCGUCACUCUGUGAUUUCACUGGACUCGCCGCGGACCCGCAUGUCACGGGCCGAAGCUGCGAGGGAGGCGGGUGCGAGUAAGCCCGCACACGACGCGACCGACUACGAGUAUUCUCGGCUCUCAGUUGACUCGCUCAUCACGUUCCCGGACGACGGCAUGUACGACACAAUCAACGUGCGGGUGCUUGUGCCGGACGCCGAGUGGCGCGGCUGA